UGUUGUAUCGGGAUGUUUGAAAAUUCAUUGUGUAUUUUAUAGCGAAAUAAAAACUUUAUUAUUAAACUCAUCUGUCUGUUAGACUCAUCUUUAAAAUUCACAGAAAUAUUCAGGGCUUAAUUAAAUUUCAGAUCUAGAUCUAGUCUAGAUUUGUUCAGUUCUAUGCUGCUGCCGAAUCCAGUGAUGCCGGACACUCACAGAUUCUUUUUUGAUGUCCACGUUGCUAGUUUUGUAUUGGAUAAUCAAUCAUGUUCUAGGUGAUUCAAUGCUGUAUUACACACAUUUUAAUAAGUCUCUGACUUGCAUUGAUGGCAUUGUCCAUUUUGAGCUGACCAUUGACUGGCGACAGAAAAAUUCCAAUUUUAGGCCUGAUACUGUUGUCGUUGCUGCUAAUAAAGGAAUUCUACAGUCUGAAAAUUUUACAAAAAUCUGUCAAAUUCAACUCCCUCCUGGUAAAUGUGGCUUGAAAAACAGUACAGUGUGCUUCUGCUCCUUCAGCAAUGAUUCCAUCACAGUCCUGAGCAUCCAAUUCAGAGCAACGCCAGAUAUCAGUAAGGCUGGCUUCCUGGCCUAUUUUCUACAUAAAGGUACAUUCGGUCCACCACUGGAUACCCUUUACCUCCAUCAAAUCUAUGGCCAGGACUCGGCAACCUUGACGAUGAACGGCAUACCCUUUGACUUAAACUUUUGCAAUGUCAGUGUGACCCCUAAUACCCGAUUACGACUGAAGUUUUGCGCCCACAACCUCAGCGGUAACGCCCAGCUGUACAGGAUCUACAGAUCUUCCCUGUUAUGCCGGUACCCAGGGGGCGAGCUGUGUUUAAUUGACGAGAUCCUUGUCACUGAAGAGCAUAGUCACUUUGAGCUGGGUUAUAUUGACCAGUGUCAGAGGACUGCAGCCUUUUAUUGUGCCAUAUAUGUAUUCUCUAAAUCGGAACCCCAGGAAUGCUCCUUCUGCAAAGAGGAUUCAGUUGGACAGCUCAUUGGGUUUGUUAUGGUCUCAGUGUUGGCAUCUUCCAUUUUGGCUUGCGCUAUUUGUUAUAUUAAGAUCCAUAUGUGCCCGUUGCUUGUGCCUGAUGAGUUGGAUGAGGCCGAGGGGACAAACACCCUCACACCUUCACCAAAGUCAAACGCACCCACACCUUCACCAAAGUCGCACAAGUCUGUGGAAAUCUUUCCGUCUUCUUAUCGGAUUCGAUCUCCUUCCAAACAGUCCAAGUCUCCAGCGUGUUCACCGAAUAUAGACAUUGAACCUAAGGGAGGCAACAUCUUACAGAGUGAUUUGGGUCAAUCUACUAUAGAAGUAGAUCAACAGUAGCAGCAGUUAUCUAUAGGAUUGCAUCUUUUUUUCUACACCAUUCAAUGUGACUAUACUAGUAUAAUGUAUGUAUAGCCCACUGUGACUGUCUCACCUAUAUAAUGUAGUGUUAUAUCAAAUUCUGAAUUAAAAGUAAUUAGCUUCACUAAAUAUUUAUAAUGACUUUUCAGAUAAUGCUCUUAAAACCAUGAUGUGAUUCUUUGUCUCUUUGCAGAUCAUGUACAAUGUGUGAACAAUGAAAUGUUUGCUUAGUGUAGCUUAUUUGUCUGUGUGUGUGUGCUUUGUUUCGAUUUAGAAACAGUCAACUGUUUUUUAUUUGUCUAAUAAAUACAAAUAUUG